AUACAACCGAAGAAAGGCAUAUUUACCCUCCGGUCGUAUCCCUCUGUUUCAGAGGCAACGUCCUGGAAUGUCCUGGAAUGUCCUGGCAAUUGAUCCUACCUGCUAUCUCCUAUUCUACGUCCUGAUACACCCAUCUGUUAUCUGAUGCAUAGUCGGCAAUAUGCGCUCAUGUUGGAAGUAUCACGACUGGCCUUGGUGGUAUAUCCCAUAGGACAUUUAUAUAAUCUCAGAAACCAUCCCACGGCUUCACUGAACGUUCAUAUACCCUUCAGCGUGCGCACCGCCUUCACCGAUAUAUAAACAACUUACCCACAGCUGCUUCAGAUUCACCUCCAAACCUACGGGUGACAUCACUUGCGGACUUACUAAGCCGUAACUGAACCCAGCUCCCAUCUUAGCAGGCUCCUCAACAUGACAGCAACCAACGGCUACAACCACGAAGAGUUGGAUACCUAUUACAAAUGGGAGCCUGGGCUUGCAUCUUUCCACCAGAAGGCCCAAGAAGACCAGAACCACAUGUUCCUCCAGAUUGAUCAGAAUGAUAUUUACGCCUCACAAUGCCUUGGGAAGCUUGUCAAGAUCGACUCACUGGACAGGGUAUAUGACAUCCGAAGCGGACUUACUGUUUAUGAUGAAUCAAUGCACUUUCUCAAACAGAUUAACUUCUACCAAGUCGUGGCUGAGCCGAGUGUCUGGCGCCACCAGACCGCAAUUUAUCAACUUCUGGUUGACCUGUGUGGGCAACUUGAAGAGAUGGUGUAUAUUGUUGAAAGUACAUUUGAGUUUAGUCCCGAACAUGCUGAGCAGAUGAUCUUGAACAGCUAUGUCAAGUGGCGCUGGCAUCUGUGCAGGGUGGUGAUUGAGGAUAUCAAAAAGCAGGUGGAUGAUGUGAGUAAAGAUUUCGGGCGUUGGGCCAGACAGACCCCUGGAGAAUAUGGGGACAUCUUUCCUCCGAACCCCCUCGACCAGGAAACCGAAACUGAUGCAUCGGAAGUGUCGGAGGUCCGAGGAUUGACUCGGUUUGGGGCAGUAGCAUUGAACUGAAACUGUCAUAACGAAAUUACAGUAUAUCGGACCUUUAAACACACAUUACAAGACGUCAGUCUCUACUGGAAAUAGCGUUGCAGUAGCCUGAUCACCAAUAUGUUAAUGUAUGCGUUUUUGCUGUCAGAUAAAGCCAAGACAGUAAAUAUCAGAUACAGA